GAAGAAAUUCCUUCGGGUUGAUUUUUUCCUAGGUGUUCACGUGAACAGAUGAUGCCCGUGCGUUUCAUUGGUGGGACUUUGCCCUUUCUAUUGUCUAGACGUGUGUGACGUCACACGUCAUGGAUGUAAGUGGACUUUGCCUCGGCCCACGAAAUAUGGCGCUAAUUUGAAGUAUAUAAACCACGCCGCCUCAAAUACGGCUUCCAUGCACAGAAAACGAGAGCCCGUGGAUUGCUUAUCAAUAGAAAAUGGCGACUGGUCCCUAUAUUCUUCAAAAAUCGACGCAGUUGUGCUUCGCAGUGCGUUCAAAUGUCAACUUUGACCAGAUUAAUCCCAGUUUGCUUGGCUCCAAGUUGGGGGUAAAAUUCUCUUUCCCUGAUGGAGCGGACACCUUGCCUCCACUGAUCAAUUUAAAAACCUUGUCAAUAGCUGUUAAAGUAUUCUGUGAAAAGCUCCGGAUUGAAAAGAAUUCGUUUUUGGUAACAAAGCAGAAUACAAAACAGCAGAGACGGCGACUACAUCGUCAUUACGGACUCAAAACUCGACCACGUGAAAACCAAGACGGCUUGGAUGUCUCAGAGCAAGAAUUGAAAAGAAGUUCGUCUGAGGUUGUGUUAUUGGGAGCUGGAGGAUUUUUCUGGUCUAAAGAACGAAUAACCGACGAGGAUCUCGUAAAAUGUACAGAAAGGCUUCAUGAAGUGGAUGAACACACAUCAAUAGCAAAUGAGCAGAGAUGUAAACCCUGGGAGAAGCUGACCGAGGAGGAGCAACUGUCUGUUUAUAGACGGCAUAUGGAUAAUGGCAUUUAUGAAUAUAAAGUAUUUGGAUCCUUUCUUGACAUCAAUGCAAGGUCAUUCUUCUUCACCCAGAUUGACACAAACUAUCGUAAGCAGUGGGACCAAUAUGCAAUAAAGCUUGAUGUUAUCGACAAAGACCCAGCUGGAGACUGUGAGGUUCUUCAUUGGAUUAUGAAAUACCCAUAUCCACUCACAAGUAGAGACUAUGUGUUUGUCAGAAAAUCAAAGAUUGACAUGCAGUCAAACAAGAUGGUCCUCAUGUCCAAAGCUACAAGCCACCCUAAGUGCCCAGAGAAUAAUACCCAUGUCAGAGUUACAGAUUAUGGCUCACAGAUGGUUAUACUACCACACAGAACCUUUGAUGAGAAUGGGAUGGAUUUUGUACUUUCUUACUAUGACAACCCAAAAGUGACAAUACCAAACGUCUGCACAAGCUAUGCCACCAGUGCAGGAAUACCAAACUUCAUCAACAAGCUCCAUUUGGCUGCAAAGAAGGUCCAGCACAAAGAACUGAUGGAUGCAUUUCCUGAGCUCUCACAUACAACUGGGAGAAAACAUCUUGAGAGAACGCUUAAACAACCUUGAAUUAAGAGAAUUUAAUAAAGGGAUGGAAAAGAAUUUUUCUACUCAGCUUGUUUAUAUUUUCCAAUUGAAUGACUAGGGAGUGGAGAGGUGGGCAAAGCAGGAUUGCUAGAGUGAGGAGCCCAUUUUGCCUAAUGGACACCUAUCCUAGAUUUUUUUGGGAAAGAGGUGAGAAACCUUUCAGAUUUUAUGAAUCUACUGAAAGGUUAAUUUAUGGUAGCUAUAAAAGUAAAUUAAUGAUUAUAUUUUUAGAUAAUAUUCAAUCACUUGAGAUUGAAACUUGUGUUGUCAAAUAAAGAUAUGCAAAAAAAUGUA